AUAAAAUUAGGAAAAGUCCAAAAAAGAAAUUAAUAAAAAAGAAAAAAAAGAAAAGAAAGGAAAAAGAGAGAGAGCUGUAAUCACAUGGACUUGUCUUUCUCUUGCUGGGUCCUUCAUUUCUCUCUUCUUACUUUCCUCUCUUCCACCACCACCAUUCUCUUCUUCUUCUUCUUCUUCUUCACCCUUCUUUCUUAACUUCUUCCUCUUCUUUCUUCUCUUCCUCUUCCCUCAGCCAUGUCUGAGGAUAAGGAGAUGUCUACUUCUGUUAUCAAUGGGAAUGAUUCCCUCACUGGUCAUAUCAUAUCGACAACAAUUGGAGGCAAAAAUGGGGAGCCUAAACAGACUAUUAGUUACAUGGCAGAGCGCGUUGUAGGAACUGGUUCAUUUGGAAUUGUCUUCCAGGCAAAAUGCUUGGAAACAGGUGAAGCGGUGGCCAUUAAGAAAGUUUUACAAGACCGAAGAUAUAAGAACCGUGAACUACAGUUGAUGCGUGUGAUGGAUCAUCCAAAUGUGGUCACUUUGAAACAUUGCUUCUUUUCCACAACAAGUACAGAUGAACUUUUUCUGAAUUUGGUGAUGGAAUAUGUUCCAGAGUCCAUGUAUCGGGUCUUAAAGCACUAUAACAAUGCUAAUCAGAGAAUACCAAUCAUCUAUGUGAAACUUUAUAUGUACCAGAUCUUCAGGGGGUUGGCUUAUAUCCACACUGUUCCCGGAGUUUGCCACAGGGAUUUAAAGCCUCAAAAUAUACUGGUUGAUCCUCUUUCACAUCAAGUUAAGUUAUGUGAUUUUGGAAGUGCAAAAAUGCUGGUCAAGGGUGAAGCUAAUAUAUCAUACAUAUGUUCACGAUUUUAUCGAGCUCCAGAACUUAUAUUUGGUGCUACAGAGUAUACUACCUCAAUUGACAUUUGGUCAGCUGGCUGUGUCCUUGCUGAACUGCUUUUGGGCCAGCCAUUAUUCCCUGGUGAAAAUGCAGUGGACCAGCUCGUACAUAUUAUAAAGGUUCUUGGAACACCCACCCGGGAGGAAGUACGCUGCAUGAAUCCCAAUUACAAUGACUUCAGGUUUCCGCAAAUAAAAGCACACCCAUGGCACAAGAUCUUCCACAAAAAGAUGCCUCCAGAAGCUAUUGAUCUUGCUUCCCGUCUUUUGCAGUACUCCCCAAGUCUUCGUUGCACUGCGCUUGAAGCAUGUGCACAUCCUUUCUUUGAUGAACUUCGAGAACCCAAUGCUCGCCUGCCAAAUGGCCGUCCGUUUCCCCCUCUUUUCAACUUCAAACAGGAAUUAUCAGGAGCAUCUCCAGAGCUUGUUAAUAAGUUGAUACCUGACCACAUAAAGCGGCAAAUAGGACUACAAUUUGUUCAAUCAACUGGAUCAUGAUGAUAAGCAUAGGGGGCACAGUGUAUACUAGUCGAUGAGCCAACAAAAGUGGCACCAGGGGAAUCUAUAUUUUUCCCCAAAAGAAUAGCUUUUUCCCUUCAAUGUUUAUUGUAAAAUGUCUAAAAUCUACAUGAUGUCAUGGUAUAGUUGGCCUAAAUUGGUCAGAAAAUGCUUUUGUGAGAGGAAAACCAAACCCUUAGCUGGAUGGAGGGUUCCAUACAAACAAGAUGGGUCCUUGGAGUUUUGAUGGUAUUGAUAGGCUAUGUUGGUUGUUGGGUUUGGUUUUCUUAACUCUUAUCAUGUUAAUAUAUGCUUGAUUUCUUUGCAAUGUUGCAGACGAGUUACUCUUUCCUUGUCAAAUGUAAUGUGAUAUAUGUUUCUCUUAAGUAUGCUACUUUCUACA